CAAGCGCACAGAAUUCACAAGAGCGGCAGUGAGGGGGGCGAGAGAGAGAGAGAGAGAGAGAGAGAGCGAGCGGGGAAGGGCUGAAGGGGGGAGCGGCACUGGAGAGUGAUAGAGCCUCGUCGGAAGCAAAAAUCCACAGCGUAUAGAGGGAGGCAACGAGGUCUGGAGACCCUGGGGAGAGGAGCUGAGAAAAUCCCUUGGAAACGUUUGGCAGAUGCGCGAGAAGGGGCUCCUUGAUCUGUUUUUGAGCGGAGAGAUUUGGUCAUUCGAGCUGCGGAGCUCAAGAAAUUAGAUCCUGGGGACAUCGGAGUGAAAAGGAGGCUCGAUUUCCCGGUGCCCUUUUGCUGCAUUGCUGCCUCCUUUCAGAUCCGAGCUGCCGCGCGAAGAAAGGUGGGAUCUUUGCUCGUCAUCUCCUCAAAUCCGCCCAAAAUUUGGGCUUCUUGAGCUGUUCUUGGAGCCCCGUGCUUCAAAUCUUUGAGAGAAAGUCGACUUUUUUAGUUGGGGUAGAUGCGGGAGUGAUGUCAACUACUUUAUAAGCUGUCCCCUACAAUUGUUGAUAUUAGAUUCGCUAGUUAUGGCGGAUCUUGCCAUGGGGCACUAGGCGUUUCUUUCGGCGAAGGCGAAAGAAACUUGCCGUAAGCUGCAAUGUCUCUCAAGAGCAUUGUGGGCCAACUGAAGGAGAUGAGGGACGGCAUCGGGAACAUGUCGAGGCGCGCCGGGGGCUCCGAUGGGCGCGCCGGCCACGGCCGCGCGGGGUCGCGGCAUUCUUGGCCUAGCCUGUGGGCGGAACAGCCGCAGCGGCAUGGCCAGGGCCAGGAGGGGCCGCCGCAGCUGCAGCAGCAUCAGGGGCGGUGGGCGAACCUGCCGCCGGAACUGCUGCUGGAUGUGAUACAGAGGGUGGAGGCUAGCGAGGCGACGUGGCCGGCGCGUCGCCAGGUCGUGGCGUGCGCGCACGUUUGCCGGUCGUGGCGUGAGAUCUCUAAGGAGGUGGUGAAGACGCUCGAAGAGUGCGGCAGGAUCACCUUCCCCAUAUCCCUCAAGCAGCCGGGACCUCGCGAGCAGCCGGUGCAGUGCUUUGUAAGGAGGGACAGGGCGACAUCCACAUAUCUCCUCUACCUAGGGCUCAGCCCAUCUCUGAAUGUGGAAAACGACAAGCUUUUGCUUGCAGCUCGUAAGGUCAGGCGUGCCACGAGGACUUCUUUUGUGAUCUCACUGGCCUCUGAUGAUUUCUCUCACUCCAGCAGCACCUACGUUGGUAAACUGAAGCCAAACUUUCUUGGUACAAAGUUCACAAUCUUUGACAGCCAGCCUCCUCCUGAUGCUGUGGUGCUACCAAACAAUAAACCAAGCAAAAGGCAGUCGAAACAAGUAUCACCAAGACUGCCACUUGGCAAUUACAAUGUUGCUACAGUUACAUAUGAGCUCACCGUCCUACGCAAUCGGGGACCAAGGAGAAUGCAAUGCACCAUGCACUCAAUACCAGCUCAGUGCAUUCAGGAGGGUGGGAAGGCCCCAACGCCUACUGGCACCAUCCACUCGCUUGAUGAGCCAGUGUCCACACUACCGAGUACCAAAGGAAAGGAACCAGUUGUGGAAUUUUCGUCAACAAGCCUCAGUGCUGAUCUGUCUGGUCCAGCUUGUACUGGUGAAGAGCCUCUAGUUCUGAAGAAUAAAUCCCCUCGUUGGCAUGAGCAACUGCAGUGCUGGUGCCUCAACUUCCGGGGGCGCGUCACUGUAGCAUCGGUCAAGAACUUCCAGCUUGUUGCCUCUGUUGAUCCAUCCCUCAACAUCCCUGCGGCAGAGCAGGAGAAGGUGAUCCUCCAGUUUGGGAAGAUAGGGAAGGAUAUUUUCACCAUGGACUACCGGUACCCGCUCUCGGCAUUCCAAGCCUUCGCAAUCUGCCUGACCAGCUUCGACACCAAACCGGCUUGCGAAUAACCAACAGAGGUGUAAAGCUGGGCGUGAGUCUUGCCUAUCCAGACAUAACCUGCUUCCUGGGUCGAUGUAAAUUCUCGAUCUAGCUGUGCUGGGCUGCUGCCCAGGCGAAGUGGUAGCUUGCGAGGGAAGUAUGGCGUCUGUACCAUAGGAAGAUUUGAGCGACCCGGUGUAUCCAACUGCGUUAUGCAUUAGGGUGCCCUAUGUAUUAUUGUUGGGAUGUUUGGCUGUGAAGUAUCGCUGCCGUAUGGACAAUGGACGUUGUGACCAUCUUGCCUGCGUCUGCUUGCUCUCAUUUUGAGCCGUGAUGGUAUCCAGGGUUGGCAGGAAGCAUCGCUUGCUCCCUC